AUGGUAGGGACAGUUUGGUUGGUCGCUCUUUUCGGCUUUUUUUCAGAAGCUUACUCUGCAAAUUACGAAUGCCAAGGUGUUGCUCAGUACGGGCUAACGUUUUAUGGCAUGUGGAGCAACAUGACGCAUCCAAAUGCUUUUCCUUUUCCUUCGGGCCGUUUUUCGCCUCUGGUCGGCGCCUCGCACGAAUCUGCCUACUCUUUGUGGAUGUCGGGUAUGAAAGCUUCUCAAGGAGUGAAAAAUGUUGCUGAAAUGGGUAAGUUUCUCGCUAUGUUGUGCUCAAUAGUCCAGUUUCGAAUUAAACAUUACCGCUGAAUACAAACAUUUAGGACACAUUCAUACAGGGUUAGCCUCGACGUAAAGUAAAAUAUUCAGAAAUUCUGGCAAGUAAGUGUUUGAAAUUUGAAUAUACGCAAUAGACAGAGUAAUAAACAGGUCUUUUUCUCGUUGGAAUUUGUGAAUUUAUUACUUCAGAUGGAGGCUAAGGCUGUAAAAAAUGCGUCUUCACUUCUUUAAUUCAGCGGUCACAGCGAACUCCAAAAUGGACGAUUUUGAGACGAAAGAAAUUGAAUUCAAAAAGAAGAAACUUUAAGAGGUCGGUAAACUGAAUUCAAAAUUUUCACUGAACAGUAGAAAGUAGUCCGGACUCUUAUAGAAGGCCUUGCUUGUUUCAUGACGAGUCACAGUACCAUGCGUGCGUGGGUCAACUCAUCUGUUUCUAUUACUAGGGAGUUUUAGACGUCACGGUGGCUAAGGCAACGAGAACUUCAAAAAAGGAAUAGUUUAGAUGAGCAAAAAAACAACUUUGCACGUGCGUCACACUUUUGAUACAUUUCAUUGCCAUCACUGCGGGCCCACGACGUGAGAGUUUCCAUAUUUAACGUAUUAAUUAUCGAGAACUAAACAAACCCGGUGACAAAUUUAUCUUUCUCUUGGUUUUGAAAUUGGAUAUUUUCUUAGGAAUUCAUCUCCAGGAAAGUCCAUCUACACUUUUUGACAAAAUGAGGAAGUCGGGAUAAUCGCACUAAAGCGGUAAACAUCCGGUUGAAGUUAGCCUGCGCGCAGACGAAAUUAAACUCUGGUUAACAAGGAUCUCUGCGCUGCUUCGCAGACGGUACUAAUCAGGGUUUAGUUAUCGUCUGCACGCAGGCUAGGUUGAAGUGUGUCGCUCAAAAACGUCAGUCUUUACUCUACAAGUGAUUUCACUGAUUAUUGGUUACUACGGUAACAAUGAAUACACUACAGUAUCUUAAAGUCCCCAUUGCUUUAGUGCUUUCAGUGAAAUUGUGGCUCAACCAGGAACUGAACAGGGUCCCAAAGGGGGGGUCCCUGGAGCCCUGAAAUUUCUGCUGUGGAGCCCGGAGCGGGCGUACAGUCUACUAGUCUGAUGCCUAGACCACUCGGCCACUUAACCAAACUACUUCUCUGAUGGCGGUAUUUUGAGCAAUACAAAUUACCUUUCUAUCCCCCAGUCGAUCAGUGUUGCACGGCCCUAUCUCCCAAUGAAUUGAAAAAGAAAUCAGUCAGGGGUGGGGAGGGUAAUCUAAGCAACUGAUUGCAAUAAUUCCCUCGGAUGGCGAUUGACAGCGAUAUACAGCGAACCCGCUGUAAUAGAGAGGAGAAGUUGUAAGGUCACGUUGCCAUGGUAGCAAAAGUUUUGGAUGACAACAAACCGAAAAUUCUCUUAAAAAGUAAAUUCGCACUGUUUCAAACUUCAUCGAUCUUAUUCAAUUUCAUUUAAUUUGUCAAAUGUUGGCGAAAUUUUCUACAUUUAAUCCGAAAGGACCGUAUGUGAGUUUAGAAAAAGAAAAAGAAACUUUCUGAGUUGUGUUCGCCUACUCCGUAAAGCGGGCGCAAGAAAUUAGGAGGUUUCAUGCCCCAGUCGUGCAACGGCGGCUAAGAAAUGUACAAAAAAAGCGUGAUGCACGUGCAAAGUUGUUGUUUUGCUAAUCUAAACCUGUCGGGGUUUGUUUGGCGUUCGCGUCACUGUCGCUGUCGUCGUUGCUUAAUAGGGACCUUAAGAUCCGACGACGGCGACGGCAACGGGAACGCCACAAAAGCAAAAGGUUUAAUUAGCAAAACAACAAUUUUGCAUGUGCAUCACGCUUUUUUGUACAUUUCUUUGCCGUCACUGCACGACUACGACGUGAAAAUGCCUAAUUUUACGUUUUACAGAGGAAGUACACAAGCGACGACGAAAUUUCCUCUCUCUUUCUGAACUUGGAUACGGUUCUUAGGAAUUCAACUUUAGGAGGGUUCGCCUACAGUUGACAAAGGUAGUGACUUGGAGCAAUCGCGAUGAAGAUUGAAAGAACGCGAAUUCACUUUUUCAGCGAUGCUUUCUCUGCCGGCGCCGUCCUCGGAUCUUAAGGUCCCUAAUCUCGCCCCUACUGUUGUCAUCCAGAAAUUUGGCUACCAUGGUAACUUGACGUCACACUUCUCCUCUCUUUUGAAGGUAAAAAAUCAUUCAGUUGCUAGCGUGUCGAUGUUUUCAACGUUACUGUUAUAAGAUGAUUUGUGAACGUCACUUUUUGGCAUCAAACGAGAUGCAGAAAAGGAUUGUGAUUAAGUAAUAUUAUGAAUGAGCGAUUUUUAAGUGUGCCCGUGGACUUAAGCCCCGUAAAGACAGCAUCGUAAAAGUUAGAGAAGUUUAAUUUGACGAUGCUUAUGUCCUCUUUUAUUUCUUAGGUAUUUUGUUCUAGUAAAACUUAUGGUUUUUUCAGUUAACUUUAAUAACAUAACGAGGGUGAUACCGACACUCUCUGCGAUCCCUUCACUGUCUGUAUUAACGGGCUUUGGUUGGAGUACUGUUUUUAUAAUUUGGGAAAAAGGAAAAAAAAACACAACUAAGGAAAUGAGUGGGAAAGUGAUUCAGCCGGCACUUGAACCCAGUACAUUUACGAAAAUUUCCUGAAUCUGUAGACCGUUUUCAAAACGUCUUCACCGGGAUAGCAUUAGCUGCUUAGGACAAGCUGCAACCCAAGCCGAUUAAGGCAUUUUCAAAAGAGAGCCAGCUUAAAUAGCCUGAAAGACCAACCGCCUUUUCAUCGCCUUAAAGCAUCAAUAUGGCUGCCGCGAUGAAACGCUCAAUUUUGAAAUGAUAUCAAAGAAGUCAAAGCCUGUUUAUCCUCGCAUUGCGCAGUCUCUUGAUGCCGAGAAUAUGGAAUGCCAUAUUUUGGGAGAUAUAAACUGUAAUGUGGGAGAGUCCACUUAGGAUCAAAAAACAACUCGCAUCACUGAGCUCUAAAUCAGCUAAUUAGUGAACCAACUCGAUCACUAAUGAAUAUUAGAUAAAAUAACUUUAAAGCAUGUUUCAGUCAUUCUAUGAGCAGUACCGGCACAAUAAACCAUAGGUUUUCAACCAAUCAGAAGGUGCGUACUAUAUUAGUUAUUUUAUAAAAAUCAAUAAACGGUCUUGCUCCAGAUUACUUCAUUAACCUUACUCAGACCGUGAUAGUGUCACCUCAUAUUCGCUAAGAGACACUGACAGCAAACUGGCUCCGAUUCCUCAGCCCCACACAAACUACCUAAAAAAGAGCUAUUAAUAGCUAUAGGGGUGCAGUGCUGUGGAAUAGCCUCCCAAUCGAGUUGCGGCGGGCAGAUAAAGCGGGUUACGCUUGCAAAUUUUUACCUCAUAGUUAAGUUUUUUAUAGUUACGCAUUUAACCUAGCUUCGUGCCUACCAAUUCUCAUUUUUUCAUUCCAUUUUUAAUAAGGUGACUCAACCGUGCUGGAGCAAGAAAUAAUGCAACGUAUCACGUCUACCAAGACAGCCUGGAAACAGAUCAAGUCCGGUAAUAUGGCAAUAAACGGCACAGAAAGGGUGAUGAACAUCGAAGUCGAGGUCACAAAGGACUUUCCUUAUGUGUCUCUCGUAACUAUGCUCGCUCCAUCUCCCGAUUGGUUCACCGGGAUCAUGAAAGUAUCUCUUUGUAAUGCUUCGAGUGGAAUGUGGAUGGACAGUUGGACAAUUGAUGAUAUACAACCCUGGGAUGCCGGCACCGACAACGGGACAACUUUCAGGGCUACGGAUAAUCCGACUAUGCCCCCCGGUUAUAUCAGCAUGAUCACUACAACUGCACCGCCAACAGAUUUUAUGAAACUUUCCGCGUCAGCAAUACCAUCACUGGGUAAGAUGAUGUUCGUGAGACAAAACAAACCAACCAUGAAUCAAUGCAGUGGCAUGUACUACUACACAGUCAAGUUUGAAGCGAAGUGGUCACAGGCUACCCACCCCAAUGGAUGGCCGAGUGGGGCCCACUUCUCUCCUCUCGUCAUUGCUACACACUCGUACAAAUACAAAAUGUGGAGUGAUAUGACCAAGGCCUCACCGGGUGUCGAGAAAGUUGCAGAAGACGGUGCGUCAAUUUUUCCCAUUACUUCAAGUACAAGGGAGAAUAAUGAGAUAAAGAAGGCAAACGCCUGUUCUAACACCUCUAUUAUAGAUAUGUGAAUUUCACCAAAGUUAUUUUUAGUCCAAUUAAACACUUGAAAUUUACCGGAAGUUGGUUUUCGGAGAGGUCAGCAAACGUUUAUUCAGCGUUGUCAAUCGCCAUUACAAUAUUCUAAAUUAUUUUCUCUGAGCCAGUCGCUCGUAUCCUGGUUCCAGAGGUCCGUUCUCGCGCGAAAUACCUAAGAUGAGGAAUCAGAAAAGAAAUAAAUAACCUCUGGAACCCAGGGUAAGUCGCGCGUGGACUUGAUGACGUUUAAAACAAUCGAUUAAAAUGUGCGUACGUCUCAGAAAUUAGACUUCCGUUUAUUUGUAGCCUCUAAAUAUAAGAAAAAUGCGCAAUUCCCAUAUCCUGGCUAACGCCCUAACAUUCACUCUCCGGAGUUUCAUUAUUAUUUCGUAUUACGAGUUAGACUUUUCUCGGGAUUACACUGAUCGGGGUAUGCGGAGGAGAAAAAAUAUACCGUGUAAAUUAGACAAACUUAAGCUCCUAGAGUAAUAAAGUUAAUUUUACGCGGUUGCACUGAUUAAGGAUUGCAAACCUCCAAUUCACCCUUGUACUUUGUUUUUGUCUCACUUACAAAUAAUAAAUUUGUUUUUAUUUUCCAUUAAAAGGAGCGGAAGGAACAUUGUAUAACGAAGUUAACAUGAUGAAAAAGCCCGGUUUUGUCUCCAAUGUCUAUAAAACCGGGGGGGUAAGCACUCCAGGUGGCCACACGAUCACAAAAAUCAUGGUGCAAAACAUGUCCUCCAUGGUCUCUCUAAUCACCAUGAUCGCACCUUCACCUGAUUGGUUCGUUGGAGUUGACAGCUAUGAUCUCUGUGGAAUAAAUGGUUGGAAAGAAACUAUGACGAUGAACCUGCUCCCGUGGGAUGCUGGGACGGAGAAUGGACAAACCUACAAUUUAAAUAACAGGGCGACUGACCCUGUUGACGUCAUCAUGCGUAUCACCUCAAAUAGUAGUUCCCAGAUAGGCGCACAUGCCAAUAUAACCUUUGCUACAGUCACUUUCACGCGAGGAGAAAUGAUAACAACGACGACGGAGAGAACAACUACAACUGAUAGCAGUGCCCCAGGCUUGUCGCCCGGCCUUUUUUCCUUCCUGUCCAUCUCGUUGCUUGCGAUCUUUGGCGUGCUGUACUAG